AGUACACUCUGAUCCCGGAGCACACGGGCGCUUGGACCGGCUCCGCACGGUGACAUCAGUCUCUUCAGGGAGAGGGAGCGAGAGCGAGAUGCCUCCCGCUCCCGGCGUGGCAGACCAGGCGCCGCGGCGGAGCCCUCACCGGGGAAACGGCGCCGUCAUCAUGCCGCAGAGCCCGCUGCGCAUCAGGCAGGACGGCAAGUUCUACGAGCGGCUGCUCACCAAGGAGAGCUCCGCGGCCAACCUGUCGUUCCGCUACUACUGGGCGGAGCCGGGGGCGGUGCCGUUCGUGUGGGAGUCGCAGCCGGGCACGCCCAAGGACGUCGCGCGGAUGGCCGCCGCCGGCGCGCUCCCGGCCAUCACGCCGCCGCCGUCCUACCCACUCCGCCACGGCAACGGUGGCGGCGGCGGCAGGCAGGCGGCGCGCCAUGAUCAGAACCAGAAGAGCGGCAGGCAGAAGCAGCGGUGCAGGCUCAGGCGGAUCAGGGUCGGCUUCAUCGCGGGCAUCUUCCGGAGGCUCCGCCUCGGCAAGCCGUGGCUGCGGUCGGCGCCGCCGGUCAAGGUGUCCUCCUCCUCCAGCCGCUGGCUGUUCUCAUCCGUGGCCACGGAGACUGCAGGCGAGCACACCCUCCCCCACCAGGACGAGAUCGCCGCCGUCGCCAGGAAGCAGCAGCACAAGGCCGCGCCGUGCAGCUUCCCGGCCCCGUGGCUGCUGCGCUUCCGCGGCAGCUCCGGGAGCCGGGGCGGCGGCGGCGGCACCCACGGCUGGGCGUAGCCGUAGAACGGUCGCCCGCAGGGGUGGUGACGCCAGGAAAGGAAGGGUGGAAAAAUCAAUCGCAAGUCAGAAAAGUGGUUUGUUUUGGCUACGAAAGACGUUGACGGUUGUGGUCGUGCAUGCGCAGACUUUGUUUAGAGUAUCUCCAUCAAGUACAAGGCCAAAGCCAAACGCUUGGCGUUGCCUAGCGAGUUCUGCAUGAAAUUUUUAUUCCUUUGUGUUCAUCGUGCCUACAGAUGUUUGAAGUUCACGAGCUUGGAAUGUCUCGUCAGCGUCGUCUAGCGAGCGUUUCAUGUUCAGACAGUAUAUACCUCCACUUUUUGUUGUACAUGUACUGAACUAUUCAGAUGGAAUCGAUCCUGCGUUUGCUCUGCUA